AUGGGACAAAAAAAUUUAACAGUGCUGACCGAAUUCGUUCUGAUGGGAGUCACAAGGCGGCCUGAGCUGCAGCUUCCCCUUCUUGGUGUCUUUCUCAUCAUCUAUGUGAUCACAGUGGUGGGCAACCUGGGCAUGAUCAUUUUGACCAAGGUGGAUUCUUGUCUGCAUACUCCUAUGUAUUUUUUAAUUAGACACCUGGCUUUCAUUGAUCUUGGUAAUUCUACUGUGAUUUGUCCCAAGAUGCUGGUAAAUUUUGUUGUGGAACAAAAUACUAUUUCUUAUUAUGCAUGUGCUACACAGCUGGCUUUCUUCCUUCUGUUCAUCAUCAGUGAAUUUUUCAUCUUGUCAGCCAUGGCCUAUGACCGCUACGUGGCCAUCUGUAACCCUCUGCUCUACAAUGUUAUCAUGUCUCAGAGACUUUGUCAUGUGCUGGUGGGCAUUCCAUACCUCUACAGUGCCUUUCAGGCUCUGAUGUUCACUAUUAAGAUUUUUACAUCAACCUUCUGUGGCUCUAACAUCAUCAGUCAUUUCUACUGUGAUGAUGUCCCUUUGAUACCUAUGCUCUGUUCCAAUGAACGAUUAAUAGAAUUGUUGAUCAUUCUAUUUUCAGCAUUUAAUUUGAUCUCCUCCCUCCUGGUAGUCCUUAUAUCUUAUGUGAUAAUUCUCUUAGCCAUAUGUCGAAUGCACUCUACAGAGGGUAGGAAAAAAGCUUUCUCCACAUGUGGUUCUCAUCUGACAGUGGUGGUUGUGUUCUACGGGUCUCUACUCUUCAUGUACGUGCAGCCCAAAUCCACUCACUCCUUUGAUACUGAUAAAAUGGCAUCUGUGUUUUACACUUUAGUGAUCCCCAUGCUUAACCCCUUGAUCUACAGCUUAAGAAACAAAGAAGUACAGAAUGCCUUCUACAGGGUCUUUAAGAAUCAAUACAAUUUUUGUAUUUAG